AUGCCGGCCCACCGCAAGGAAGCCACCGUCGCCGCCGCCGCCGCUGCCUACCCGAACCACGCUACCAAGUUCGACUAUGGUGGAUUCUACACCACCGAGCUGGACAAGAAGCACAAGGAUAAGUCGUAUCGCUACUUCAACAACAUCAAUCGCCUUGCCAAGGAAUUUCCCCGCGCGCACAUGGCCAACAAGGAGGAAAAGGUCACCGUCUGGUGCGCCAAUGACUAUCUCGGCAUGGGCCGCAACAAGGUCGUCCUGGACAAGAUGCACGAGACUCUCGACGAGUACGGCGCCGGAGCCGGCGGCACGCGCAACAUCUCGGGCCACAACAGGCAUGCUGUCGAGCUCGAAGCCACCCUGGCUAAGCUGCACGCCCAAGAGUCUGCGCUCGUCUUCUCUUCUUGCUACGUCGCAAACGACGCUACCCUGGCCACUCUCGGCAGCAAGCUCCCGGAUUGCGUCAUCUUGUCCGACAGCCUGAACCACGCCUCCAUGAUCCAGGGCAUCCGGCAUUCCGGUACCAAGAAGAUUGUGUUCAAGCACAAUGACGUUGCCGAUCUCGAGGCCAAGCUUGCGUCGCUCCCGCUUCACGUGCCCAAGAUCAUUGCUUUUGAGUCUGUCUAUAGCAUGUGCGGCUCCAUCGGUCCUAUCGAGGCUAUCUGCGAUCUGGCCGACAAGUACGGUGCCAUUACCUUCCUCGACGAGGUUCACGCCGUCGGCAUGUACGGUCCGAACGGUGCUGGUGUCGCCGAGCACCUCGACUGGGAAGCGCACAAGGAGGGCAUGCCCCGCGGCACCAUUAUGAAUCGCAUCGACAUCAUCACUGGGACUCUAGGCAAGGCGUAUGGCUGCGUUGGCGGAUACAUUGCCGGCAGCGCGAAGCUUGUCGACAUGAUUCGCUCUCUGGCUCCCGGUUUCAUCUUUACGACCUCUCUGCCUCCGGCGACCAUGGCUGGUGCCAAGGCGUCGAUUGAGUACCAGAUGGAAUACGACGGUGAUCGCAGACUGCAGCAGCUUCAUACCCGCGCCGUCAAGGAGGAGAUGAACUCACGUGACAUUCCCGUGAUGCCGAAUCCGUCUCAUAUUAUUCCCAUCCUGGUUGGCAGCGCCGAGUUAGCCAAGACUGCCUCGGAUAUGCUUCUCAAGGAUUAUAAGAUUUAUGUGCAAUCCAUCAACUAUCCGACUGUUCCGGUGGGACAGGAGCGCCUCCGUAUCACGCCCACGCCUGGACACACCAAGGAGUACCGCGACGAGCUGGUGGCUGCUGUGGAUGAGAUUUGGACCCGACUUGGAAUCAAGAGAACCUCGGAGUGGGCUGCCCAAGGUGGCUUCAUUGGCGUUGGUGAGGAGGGAGUUGCUGAGAAGGCCCUCUGGACCGACAAGCAGCUUGGGAUCGAGCAAGCUAGAAAGGAGAUGAUGGCCACUGGACAGGUCAAGAACGGCGCAAGCUUCACUGAAGCGCUCCUUGAGCGCGAGUCGGCCGGUGCCCGGGCUGCUGGCGUGGCGGUCGCCUAG